UCUCUGAUUUCUCACUCUUGUCAGUCUGUCUUGCAUGUAAUCUGUCCAGCCCGGCCUCUUUGUCACUUUAUCUCUAAUCUCCCUGAAGUCAUUCUUUCUCGCACUCAAUCACACACACACACACACUCGUCUGAGGAUGUGCUGCAUUGCUGUGCGCUCUUUCCUAUGGAUCUGCUUGCCUUGUGAGGGAUCUUAAACCAGAAGAUCCAGAGUGCAGAGAGAAAGAAAUCAGGCUGUCAUACUGAGAAUCCUCGAUUCCUCCAGGUCAAUGUGGUAAGUCGGGGCCGAUGCCGACAUGGGCAGCAAGCGUGCAGUGGCCCCGGAUCCGGACCCGCAUCUGGACAGCAGUUUAAUGCCGGCCGCUUUGGUGGAACAGGAGGAAGACGAGGAUGAAGACGAGACGUCUGAUACCAGCAGUGUUGACCGAGCUACCAUGCCCACGUUCGACGUGCCGUAUUUCCGAUACAUUGAUGAGGAGGGCACGGAGGAAGAGGAAGGCUGGUGCAGCAGUCGCUCCCUGUCCUCCAUCGAAGAGGAAGACUCCAGUGACUCCUCUGUCUCCCACAGGUACGCUGCCAUGCCCGGCACCCCUGAAAAGGUUCUAGAGCAUCUGCUGGGCCACCUGAGGCUGGAUGAGGAGCAGAAGAGCCCCCAGAGCAGAGAGACAGAGAAUCUAUUGGAUGACUUCCUGCUGACGUACCCUGUGUUCAUGUCCACCAGUGACCUGUGCCAAGCACUACUCGGUCACUAUUGUUCAAAGAAAGGCAGGAUGAAAGAGGAGGGGAGAGACACUCUGCUUAGGAAACGAAAAGUGCUGCACCUGCUGUCCCAGUGGAGCUCACUGUGCACAGACCUGCCCCGGGACAAUGAGCACACCAAACUAUUCCUCAAGACUCUGUACAGAUACGUUCUGGGUGAUCUCUAUGAGUUUCCCUCACUGGAGAAGGAUCUAAAAGAACUUCAGAAACUUCUAUGGAUGCAAAGGAGACACACGGUAGAUGAAUACUCUCCACAAAGGAAGAAUAAAGCUCUCUUCCAUCAGCUGAGUCUAAAGGAGAACUGGCACCCUGUGAGAGGAGCUCAGAGGGAGAGGAAGGAAGUGCUGUGUCGUGUGUAUGUGACCAUAGACUCAUACGUGAGUGUGAGGACCCACAGUGAGGUGUCCGUGCAGGAACUGCUGAGCACUGUGGCUGAAAGGUUCGACUGUGCUGAAGACGACAUGGUGUUGAUGGCUGUCACUUAUCCUGGAGAGAAGGUUCUGCUUCAGUCAGAUCAGUGUGUGUUCUCGUCUUCACUCAGUGCCGCUGAGAGGCUGCACGUCUGCAGAAGAGACCUGAUGGAGAUCAUGAGUCCCUUCACUGAUAACGGGCAGCAGCGCUCAGUGAAGAUGCUGAGCAUGAACACGUGGGAUGUAGCCGUGUCGCUCACCAACUGUGACUGGAGUCUCUUUAGUAUCGUGCAUGAGCAAGAGCUGGUAUACUUUACACUGAGCCGAGACGCGAGCGCCGGCCACACGAUGGCGCUGGAGCAGCUGUUGCAGCGCUGCAAUGAGACUCAGCAGUGGGUGAUGACUGAAGUGCUCCUGUGCCCAAACCUCUGCAAACGUGUGCAGCUCUUCAAGAAAUUCAUCAAGAUCGCAGCACACUGUAAAGCACAGAGGAACCUGAGCUCAUUCUUUGCCAUCAUUAUGGGACUGAACAGUCCUGCUGUCAGUCGACUCACUCAGACAUGGGAGAAAGUCCCUGGGAAGUUCAGGAAGUUGUUCUCCGAGAUGGAGAGCUUGACGGACCCUUCUUUAAAUCACAAAGCCUACAGAGAUGCCUUCAGGAAGAUGAAGUCUCCCAAGAUCCCUUUCCUGCCUCUGCUUCUGAAAGAUAUUACCUUCAUUCAUGAGGGCAACAGAACAUUUCUCGACAACCUAGUCAACUUUGAUAAACUACACAUGAUAGCAGACACAUUGCGCAUUAUCAGCCAGUGUCGGAUAGAUCACAUGGGAAACAUGCUGUCCCAGAAAGACAGCAUAGAAGUGAGAACGUACAUCAAUUACCUGCACGUCAUCGACAAUCAACAGACUCUGUUUGAGCUCUCACACAGACUUGAGCCCAGGACAUAAAUGAUGGAAGGACAUGAUGUAUCCUAAAUCCACUACUGAAGACAGGACAGCAUCCUUCCUCUAACUGAAGACUGUGAUGAGUGAGUCCUCCACUAGAGAGAGACACACUCACACUAACCACACAGGAUAGAACAGUAUUGCACAGCCAAAGAAGCAUCCGCCAGUUCAACAGUGUGAAAGGAACAAAGAAGCUGAAUCAUGCAAGACUGUGAAAUAGAAAACUGGCUUCUGAAACAGCAAGAAUUUACAGAACUGUUAUAACAGGAAACAUCACAGUGGAUCCAGUAUUCUGUAUGUUACAGUACAGAAACAUCACGUUGGGAAUUCAAAUGUUUUCAUACAGCACACUUUCACUCUGUAGUGUAGGGCAGAUUUUUUGUUAUUUUUAGUUAAUAAUAGCCACAUCUUUAUUCCUAUGUAGUCCAAUUAGUCUGCAAUGUGAGCUACAUGCACAAAUCACAAAACAAUAUGAUGCCUUUUUAGAUCAUGACCAACAAACAGUUUAUAGACAAUCAGAAAAAUAUCCCAAGGCAGCACACUGUAUCUUAGCUGCAGAAUUGCUACCAGAAGCAGGAAGUAGAA